AUGUUUUCAUCAGCAAAGCAUCAAAGAAACAAUAGAGUCUCUGUUCCAAACAAGAACAAGAUUCUCAACAAAGUUCCUUCCAUUUCUUCCUCCUCAUCAUCAACAUCAUCAUCCUCAUCAUCUCCUUUACAUUCACAAGAUUCUCAAGCCCAAAAGAGAUCUCUAGUCACCAUGGAAGAAGUUUGGAAAGACAUCAACCUUGCUUCCAUUCACCACCUUAACCACCACAGCCAACAUCCACAACACAACCAUGAGCCAAGGUUCAGUAGUCUCAACCAUCAGAACCAAAACCCUAACUCUAUCUUCCAAGAUUUUCUCAACGGACCUUUGAGCCAGGAACCAACAAGGCUCACCAUGGGAUCUUCCUCUAAUAGCCAUACUACCACUGCCACUUCCCUCUUCAGCAGCUCUCCUUUGGCACCUCCUGCAACUGUUCUGAGCUUGAACUCUGGUGCUGGCUUUGAGUUUCUUGAUAACCAAGCUCCACUUGUUACCCCUAACUCUAAUCUGCAUAGCCACAAUCAUCUCACAAACAUUUCUUCAUUCGACACCCCUUUUGACGCUCUGGUUACAUCCACUUGUUUUGGUAAGAAAAGAGGUCAAGAGUCCAAUGAAGGUUCAGGGAAUAGAAGACAUAAGCGUAUGAUCAAGAACAGAGAAUCUGCUGCUCGUUCUAGAGCUAGGAAACAGGAAUUUUUGCCAUCACAUGAUGGUAUGAUCUCAAAAAGCUUUUUGAAUUUUGAUUCUCAUUUGCAGGCUUAUACAAACGAGUUAGAGCUUGAAGUUGCUCACCUUAAAGCAGAAAAUGCAAGACUCAAAAGACAACAAGAUCAGUUAAGAAUGGCGGCAGCAAAUCAGCAACCCAAAAAGAACACACUUCAAAGGUCUUCAACAGCUCCAUUUUGA